UGCUCAGCUGCUCCACACUAGCCUGGCAGAAUCUGUGCUAUGCCUUCUAUACUCACUGUCCUGCUCUGCCUCGAGCUGUAUCUGAGCCAGAGGGUCAACGCCCAGAAGCGUACUCCCUCUAAACCUGUCAUCUGGGCCAAGCCUGAUGUCAUGAUUCCAAAGGGAAUGCCAGUGGUCAUCUGGUGUCAGGGCACUCACAAGACGGUUGAGUAUCAGCUGCAUUUCGAAGGACAACUUUCUGCUUCAGAGAGACCAAAAACACCUGGAAUGAUGAACAAAGUCAAGUUCCCCAUCCCGGCUAUGACCUCAAGCACUGCAGGGCGAUACAGGUGCUUCUAUCGAAGUGGGGAGCUGUGGUCAGAGCCUAGUGACCCUCUGGAUCUGGUGGUAACAGGAAUGUAUGACAUACCCACCCUCUCAGUUCAUCCCAGGCCUGAGGUGAUUUCAGGAGAGAAUGUGACCUUCUGUUGCCAUCUAGAGACUGCAACAACCACGUUCUUUCUGCUCAAGGAGGGAAGAUCCAGCCGCCCAUGGCGCAGAUAUGGGAAUGUCCAGGCGAAGUUCCCCAUGGGCCCUGUGACCACAGCCCACAGAGGGACAUACAGAUGUUUUGGUUCUUAUAACAACCAUGUGUGGUCUUUCCCUAGUGAGCCCGUGAAACUCCUGGUCACAGCAGAUGUCGGGGACCCCAGCCUUGUGCCCACAGAGCACAUCUCUUCUCCUGAUUCAUGGGACCCGUACUUGUUAACCACAGAGAUGCAAUUCCAGGAAGAUCCUGCCCUCAGGAACUACGCUAUCCAGAAUCUCCUUCGGAUUGGUCUGGCUUUCCUGGUCCUGGUGGCCCUCGUGUGGCUCCUAGCUGAAGACUGGCUUCACAGAAAGAGGACUCAAGAGGGAACAAGCAGGGCUUCAAGUUUGGAAUGCAGGAGAAGGUUCAGAACACAAAGAUCCCUGGACAAAUGAUCAAGGGAUGCAGUGGCCGUAGGUAG